AUGUCGACUCCUUCGGCUAAGACUGUACCAACAGGUGGUAAAUCUAAAACAACAGCUAGUGGUAAAUCUACAACAACAACUAGUGGUAAAAAGGUAGUCAACUCACAUUCAAAUCGAUUAUUGAACGGCGAUGGUCUUAUGCGAUUUUCACGUGGUCGCAUGUUCCAUCGACGUGCAUUAUAUCGUAUUGGCAAAUGGAAAGAUCAACAAGCUAAAUUAAAAGCAGAUAAAACGAAAAAAACCGCUGGAAGUAUUCAAAAGAAAAACAAACGAGCACCAGCACUUAAAAAGAAACCAAUCGGUGGCGAUCGAAAUGGUAAAGAACGUCUUGUACGAACAAAACGAUUUCCACGUUUCUAUCCAACUGAAGAACGACCAAAGAAAUUUUCUGUUAAACGAAAGAAAUUCGGCGAUCACCCACGUCGAUUCCGAUCAUCGCUUUCACCUGGCACCGUUGUCAUUCUUGUUGCUGGUAAACAUGCCGGAAAACGUGUAGUUGUCGUUAAACACUUAUCAUCUGGACUUUUAUUAGUUACUGGUCCAUAUAAAUUGAAUGGUGUAAAAUUAAGUCGUGUGAAUCAAAUUUAUGUUAUUGCAACAAGUACAAAACUCGAUGUUUCAGCCGGUAAAUUCGAUGCAUACGAUGAUAAAUUCUUCAAACGUGUUCGCCCGGCUAAGAAAGAUGCUGAAAAAGAUAUAUUUGAUUCAAAGAAAGAGAAACCAAAACUCAGCGAAGAACGUACUCAAGCUCAACGUACUGUUGAUACAAUCGUUCUUACUGCUAUUAAAGCCAAUGCCGAUUCACGCGUUCUUCGUCGCUAUCUUAAAAGUCGUUUUCAACUUUGGAAUGGUGUUUUACCACACAAGUUGAAAUUCUAA